AUGAGUUCCAUUGAGACAGCCUGGGGACACCUGUGUGGAGAUUUUCUAGACCAGUGGUGUAGUCGAGGGUAAACACCAUUUAAUUUCUUUUGCACAAGCAUUUACCCACCUAUCACGGAUAAAAGCAUAGAAAAUAUAGGGAGCCUUAAAAAAAAAUUCACCACUACUUCACUGGUGUAGAUGUUUUCUGGAGUUCGAGGAGAAGCGGAUCAUGGUCUGCCAUUAUCAACAGCGACCCUUGAGCAAUUAGGGUUAAGUGCCUUGCUCAAGGGCACAUGAGGUCUUUCACCUUGUUGGCUCCUGGAUUCGAACAAACAACCUUUCGGUUACUGCCCCAAUGCUUUAACUGCUAGGCUUACUGCAGCGCAUAAACGUUAUGGUUAAAGCUUGACACCAGACUGAGCCGAGGGUGCACCGUUAACGUAUCUGUGACUAUGAUUCUGUAUCAGCUGAUAUUGUGAUGUCCUACAAGCCUCUCGGCUGGUGUUUACAGAACAUUCAGUGCUGUGUGAUAAGGUCCUUCUUGCAGAAGGCCCGUUAGAUUUUUUCUUUGCUUCUGUUCUGGAGGUGUUCUCCCUGAAUUCUUGUAAUAAACCAUUUUGAUUUUGAUUGGCUUUAUCAACAACUGCUCUCCUUUUUGUUCACCAAAUGAAAUCGUGACAACACCUAAUCCCCUGUGAAUGUAUCUCACAUAAUAGCAAUCACUACAUUGCUUUGACAAUGUAUCACAACAGGAUGUGUUACCAACUGCUGCUAACACUGUUACAUUGACCCUGUCUAUAUAUUUGUCCUCAGCUCUCUACGUAUAGAAAGGCCUCCUUAAGUGAGGGAUUCCAAUUGGGGAUUAGAACCAGCGACCUUUCGGUUACUGGCACAACGCUCUUACCCACUAAGCCACCUGCCGCCCCAUUUCCAAACAUACGCUGGCACCAGACUGGAGACUAUGGCUUUGCUCCCAACCUGCGUAUGAGGAACACAUUCAUGGCCGUUGCUAUGGACUUAGGAGAUAAAAUGUCUCCUUAUGGCAGGUAACAGUCAUAGAAUGGAUACCACAGUAUUCGAUAGACAUGUACUCUUCUAAAGUGUUAGGUAGUUCACAUACGAAUACUGUGAGAACACAAGGCUACGUUCCAAUAUCGAUACUAGUAUACCACUUAGGAUGCAUUGCUUCCUAAGUGGUAUGCUAGUUAGGAGAGGGACGAUACCAGUAUUGCAGUAUUUUUUCCAUGACAAAAAUGAAAACACAAAGCAGACCAAACUCUUUGUUCCUUUAAAAACCUGCUGUAUGUAAAAUAUUGUGUUCUAUAGCUUGGAAAAUAAAUAAAUGUGACCCGAUGACAACAUAAUGAUGUUUGUUUCCAACAUUAGGGCUGUUUUCCUAAAGAAGUAAAAUCUGCUUUGUGUUUUGUUUCCUUGCCACAAUAUUAAUGAGUAUUGUGAAACUGGUAUCGUUCUGGCCCUAAGCUAGUGUGGUAUUAGAAUGUGGAACAAGAGGUUUACCAGUGACUUUAUGUUCCAGUAUCCAUCCCCGGGACAAGCAGGACGUGGCCUACAGACUGUCUCUAGGGGCGAGAGCUGUGGCUUAUGGGGAGGAGGGCGUCUCAUUCCAGGGGCCUUUCCCUAACCGGAUCCUGGUCUCUGACCUGUAUAUCAACAUUUUUAUGCUCAGAGAAUCUCGGUCGCUCAAUCCAAAGAUAUCUUUCAGGUAAGUCUGAUUGCUGUACUUGUAAUGUGUACUAAGGUAUGGUGUAGUGUUUCUACUGACCAUGAACAGGAUGGGCUGGAUGAACUGGGUCUGAAUUCUUUCUUUGUUAUUGUCAGCAGCUCGGCAUGUUGUCAUGCAUGCUUUUCCACCUUGCUAAAAGAAAAGUAUAUGGGGAAACCAUUUCUUAAACAGACUGUUUCUUCCUCAGAUUUGCUGCUCAGGGGUGAGGGCACCCUGUGAUGCUCUGUCACUGUGGGUCCCAGCUCCCAUACUGCAGUGGGGCGUUAGCGCCGUCCAAUUGUCCACCACUAACUGUUUCAUGAACAAUGUAGCCGGCCUGCGCUACGCUUGA